AGCCGUGAGGGCGGAAGGCGCCCUCCCCGCCGCCUGGGCCCCGGGUACCGGGUGCCGGGCCCGGGUCCUUCCCGCCUCCCGUGAUCGCCGGCCGCUUUGUUUUCCAAGCCUCAACGUUCCGGGUGAUUUGAGAAGGGCUCCCGCCAGGGCUGCUUCACCAACGCGGCGGCGGGAAGAGCCGGUGACCGCACCGGGAUUCCCAAGGACCCAGGAGUCCGGCCGCCCGGUGGGCCGCGUGAAGAGAUCGCGGACGGAGCCGGAACGCCGCGGCCCCUCGGGGCCGGGCCGGGGGCGCCCGUGAGCCGAGACCUCCCCGUCGAGGGGGGGCGAUGUUCCCUACCCCGGGGGCUCUUCGGGCAGCCCGCCGCCGGGACCAGGGCUCCCUCAGUGGGGACCCUUCCAGGCUGCUCCAUGGAGACUCUGUGCCCCCCGCCCCGCCUGGCAGUGCCGGCGUCCCCGCGAGGGUCGCCCUGCUCCCCAACGGCCCGGAAGCCGCGUCGGGGGACCCAGGAGUUCUCUCCGCUGUGCCUGCGCGCCCUCGCCUUCUGCGCUCUCGCCAAACCGCGGGCGUCCGCCCUGGGCCCGGAUCCUGGGGAGCCGGAGCCACGGGCCCCGGUGGAGCCGGGCCCUCGCGCCUCCCCGUGUACCGGCAGCUGGGCCCCGGAUGCCCCGAACCACCUCGGGGAACAGACCGGGCGGACCGGCGAUCCCGACUCCCCGGCGGGCGAGGAUGCGGACGUUGCGGUGUGCUGGAGCGGCGGGGAGAAGGAAGAGGGCGGAGGCAGUUUCCCGCACUUCGGCUCUCGCUCCUGCGCACCUCUCGGCCACUGCCCGGAGCCCCGGAGCCCUCGGGAGUCUUCGACCAGCUCCGCCUCGUCUCCGCCUAGACCAGCUCCGGGGCUCGAGCCCCAGCCCGAUCCAGCCGCCAGCCCGACUCGGGAGCCCAGUUCCCAGCCUCCGCCGCCACCUGCGGGCCUUUCCACCGAGCCCGCGGCUCCCGAGGAGGCUCCUGAGCCGUCCCCGCCGGGCCAGGAGGCCGAAGGCGAUGGGAGCCUUCCUCCCGCGGCCCCGGAGGCCGAAGCCGUUAGCCCCUCGACGGCCAGCACAGCUCCGGCCGCGCCCGGCGAUCAGCGCCAGGAACAUUUCGAUCGUCUCAUCCGCCGGUCGAAACUUUGGUGUUACGCGAAGGGCUUCGCCCUGGACACGCCGUGUUUGCGCCGGGGGUCUGAGCGGCCGCCGGCGAAAGGGCCAGCCCGGGGAGCAGCCAAGAAGCGCCGGCGGCCGGCGCCGCCCCAACGCAGCUCGCAGCCCCGCCGCCCGGCACCCACGCUCCCCACCACGAGCACCUUCAGCCUCCUCGACUGCUUCCCCUGUCCCCCGGCCCUGGUGGUGGGGGAAGACGGAGACUUGGGGCCUGCCUCCUCGCUUCGCCUCCAGGGAGACGCCAAGCCACCGCCUGCCCACCCAUUGUGGAGGUGGCAGGUCGGGGGGCCCGCCGUUCCCGAGCCCCCCGUCCUCAACUCCUGGAGGGUCAAUCUGGAAGAACCCUGAGCGUUGGGACAUCAUCUGGCAACGGGGAAAGUUGGGGCCACGGCCAAACUCCGGGCUCGGAGGAGAGCUCUUUGACUCUCACGUUUGUUUCUACUUUUUUAGGCUCUGGGUGACAGAGGGACCUCAAAUGACAGUGAUCAUCAAACAUCUAAAAGGUUGGGGUGAAGUUCCCUCCAGUUCGUCUUUGCAGAGGAGCCAAGGGCCGGGAGUCUGGAGUAGGCUCAAGUGAAGAGGACUGGAUGACACCGAUCCCAAUCCCUCCUCCAUCUCGGCUCUCUGGGGGCAGGGCCUUCACCCUAGGGGAGCUAGGAGGCCACCGCUCAAAAGACCCAAAAAAGGGAGAGAAGGACCUUGAUGAUGGACAAACCGGUUGUUUCUGUGUCAGAAGGCUGGCCUGGGGGUGUGGGGGCUGUGGUGGGGGUGGGAAGGUGAUUGGCAGCUCCCUGGGGGCAUCCCCCACCCCCAGCGGCCCAGACCUUUAACCCUUCACUCCCCUUAGCCUUUCCCAGCACUCUUAGCACCGAUGGAGUCACGAGGGAGAGAAAGAGGCGGGUCACCUCUUUCCUGUUCCGUUUAGGGCUGCCCUUCCCCCUCCCGCCCCCCAGUUCAGGUGACCCCCUUAAUCGGUGAGAGGUUCUGUCUCAGCCACCAAAACUCCCUUUUGUUCAUUUGUGGAGUUUACUUUUCAGUUUUCCGUUUGCUUUCGGUUCAUAAGGUCUGAUGGAUGAAAAAGACCCCCUCCAUCUUAGUUAAAACAGCCCCUUCCCCAGUUUACUCUCUUAGGAAGAGCUGGGUGGAGGUUUCCUCUCUCCCCACCCACACUUUGCUUGGGGAAGGGGCCUGAGAAUUGUCCCAGGGAAAGUAAUGGAAGGUGGAAGAAAUCAAUAAAAUCAGACCAAACAAGUCGCCUUUCGAGGUCCUCUUCACCGAUUUCUGGAUGGGAGGGGGUUGGAGGUCGAGUACCAAACUUGAAUCUAUUCUUUGGACCCCCCAGACUCAGCCCCUGUAAAGAGUGGUGACAAAACGGAGUUGCAAAGGGUAAAUAAUCGGGGCCUUCUGGGCCUGGGAGGGGCAAAGUGGGGACUUCGGCUGGAGCUGCCUUGGGCUUCCUCCUCAGCCUGAGGCAUUCUGGAGUUGUCAGGGAGCUGAUGGAUCCGAAAGGGGCUGGGCCUGGGGAUUAGGUUUAGGGUCAGAGGUUCUGUUUUCUCGGUGGGAGAGUUAGGCCUGGGCCACACCCUGGCCAGGAAGGGCUCCCUGAGUCAGCGGGGAGUGACUGC